UUAAAUUGAAACAAAAUGGCAGCGCCCUGUGUCUCUCAUGCAGCUGUGCUGAAGCUGUAAAGAAGACGAGGAGAAAUGCGUUACCUGCUUUAACUACAGAUCAUAAAGGUGCUCUCUCUGAUUGAGAUCUGGUGAUUGUGGAGGUUAAGUACAGGGAACUCAUCUGAUUGCCUUCAUUACCAGUCAGUGUCGGUUGUUUUAUGCUCCAAACAGUCAUGGCAGCUCCCGGAAAGCCGACUAAAAAGGAAAUCAAAAAGCAGACUCCAGCCAAGACCUCCUUCACCUCACCCUUUGCCUCAAAAUGGAGCCCGCUCCCCCAAGAGGACAUGCACUUCAUCCUGAAAACUCUGAAGGAUAAGUUGAUCUCAAUGGGUCUGGAGAAAAAAGAAGUGAAAGUGUUUCGCCCAUGGAGGAAAAAGAAAGGCAAAAAACCUGAUGUCGCACCACAACCUGUUCCCCAGGUGAGCGAUUCCUCCAAAAACGGCUGGACAGAUGUGGCAGCCAGACAGCAGCUGGCCAUCGGCAUCAACGAGGUGACCAAGGCUCUGGAGAGAAACGAACUCAGACUGCUGCUCGUGUGCAAGUCUGUCAAACCGAAACACACGACUAAUCACCUGAUCGCUCUGAGCACCACCAGAGGAGUGCCGGCCUGCCAGGUGCCUCGCCUGAGCCAGAGUGUGUCGGAGCCGCUGGGGCUGAAAAGCGUGCUCGCCCUCGGGUUCAGACGGUGCUCCUCCAGUGAUGAUGGGGUGUUUACCGACACUGUCGAUGCCAUUAAGCCCAGAGUGCCUACAUUGGACAUGGCAUGGCUGCAAGGUGCUAAGCCUGAAGAACCUGUUGCCAUGGAGGAGGAGGAAGGUGGUGAAAGAAGGGGACAAAAAAGGAAACUGGAAAGUGAAUCUGAGGAGGUGUCAGAGUCUCCCUCCUGCACUCUGCAGCCGCUCCAGGUGAAGAGAAUCGUUGCUAACCCUGCAAAGAAAAAGAGAGGGAAGCCGAAGAAAAAGCUGUAAAGUGAAAGAGAAACUUUAUUUUUUAUCUGGGGAACCCUCAGACCUUCAGGUUUGCAUUCAUUGUUUCAGCAGAUUAGUAGCAUUGCAUUUGGUUUCAUGCAUAUUUAUACAAUUGAAUAUGGUCUGACUGAAGUUUGAAUUUCAAUUUGUCCACAAUUAAAGCUGGUCUGCACACA